AUGGGGCUCCAGCAGCUCUUUCAAGGGUUCCUCCUAAUCCGCGAGGGCUUUUUGACCGGUAUCAGAACUCAGCCAGUGCAGAUUGCCUACAGCGACUACAACUCCUUUGCGGAGACAAUUCCUCCGGUGCCUCAUUGGAUUCUUCGUGAUUGCCAGUCGUUGGUUGCCGGAGACUCCUCCAUUGAGUUCAGGGCCAAGAGAGCUUGGGAAGCAGGCUUUUGGGCAGGGCUCACUUUGCAAGGCAGAGUCAGGACACCUCGAGCAUCUCCGAGCUUUCCACUUCGUCCAAAGGUCUACGUCAUCCUUCGCACCUGGAUUGGAAGCACCAACAAGAGUGUCAAACGCUUCGGAUUUCUACAGGAUCACAGGACGCCUGGAAGGAAGCAACGUGGUCCAACGUCUAUUGUGAAGGAGCCGGACCCCGCCUCCCUUCACAACAUCAAUGGCGCUGAUCCCAAGAAGGUCUUGGACUCCUAUGCAGCUAUGAUCGACCCUGGUCAGGAGGCGUUGGUAGGCCCAUGCUGCCGAGUAGUCUGCCGACUGAUGGACCUCGAUCAGGAUUUGGAUCUGGAUACUCAAGCGGAGGUCCUCCUAGUGGACAUGGAUUUUGCUCAGACCGAGACCCUGUUGAUGGACUUUCAGCCAGCUCAAGAAGCACACCACGAAGCCGUUUCCUUCGAAGAAGGACUGCAUCAUGCCAUCCCGAUACCCUCUCAAGUGCUGGGUCUGGCCCAAGAUUGGAUUGCAGCUCAAGAACAGGAGAGGCUAGACUACUACACGGCCCAAAAAGAAGCGGUACCUGUCACCCCUGGAGGUAUCCCGCAUCUUGGCACUUCGCUCAAAGGCAAGCCGCCAGGGCCAAAAAGAGCUGCUCCCAAGAGAGCCACGGUGGCAUCACUGCAGAAUCGGGUCGAGACCUUGUUGGGGGCUUUGCCAACUCUGACUCAACAGUUGGAUCGCCUUGCUGCACGUCAGGAAGCCUUCGAACAGAACAUGGCGGGUGCUCAGCCCUCAGUCCCUAUAAGGCCUCCAUCAACCGGCAGAGCAGCGGCCCCAGUGUCAAGCGUCCUGGGACAAUCUCCAUUGACAGUUCCAUUGCUCCCAAGCUUUGCUUCUCAGAUAGGUCCACCUCCCAAGACAAAGAGCUUCCAGACUUCGCCAGCAGCACACCUCCGAGCUUUGCCAGAGGACGAGCCGAUAGAUCUCACGGCGGAGGUGGACGGCCGUCCAUUGGAAGUGGAUCCCACUCAACAUCCCUAUGCAGAGGCACUACUUCAGCAGAGCAGGGCCUUGGUCUCUUUCGUCUCUCACCUCAGCUCGGCCUCAUCGGAUCCCAUGGCGGAGUUGACAGGCAGUUCCUCCGGACUGGGGGUGAAAGGUGCAGCCGGGCGAGAGAGAUUGCAACGGGAGCUUGCCCAGCAGAACGGCCAGUUCUUUUUGAAGGCGUGUCAAGCAAUUCACCGCAGACAGAGUCCUACGACAGCUCCUCCAGACAGCCUAGGGAAUGUGGGCAACACAAGCCUUAUGACCUACUUGGAACGGUAUGGAGGCUUUGGUGCACAGCGAGAACUGGGUCUGGUGAUGUGGAGCGUAGCUCAUAUUUUCGAGGCAGCGCGGGACAACAACAUGGGUGCAGUGAGGGAUCAUACGGCACUACUUGCCGUGAUGCUGGAACAAGCCAACAUGGACGGCAAUCAGUGGGGAGUUGCAUGGAUGCUGGGCCUUUUCGAAGAUCCUCCUCAUUCUCUAUGGAUGAACCGCGGAGCUUCUGCAACGGGAGGUCGCAGAGCCUUUGCUCCACUUUGCUCCCAACAAUGGGCCACCACAGCCCUAGCUGUGCUGAAGGAGCAGGAAGUGUUGGCGACAAAGAGAUCCGCCAAGUUCCUCUUCAACUUCGGCACCUUUCUCCAGCUCUUUUUUGGCCAAAUGCACCUGUGGAUCCUGGACUUUCCAAGAGUAGCUUCAUCGGGUCGAAAGAAUUUGCAGUUGCUUGCCAGGCUACAAGAGUUGACAGCCAUUUUCGAUCUCCUGAUCAAAUGGGCUUCUUUGGAUUUGCUGAAGCUUCAUCCGGCUUCCCAAGUUGGACUUUCUCCUGACCGGAAGGUUCGAUUGUUUGGAGCAUUUAAAGAUAGCCUGUAUGACCGACAGAUAGGAGAUCGCCGCCGGCAGAACGGAUACGAGUCAAGGAUCCCAGGCCCCAGUAAGGAUCUUCCAACUGCAGCUUUGUUGACUAGGCUUCAGAUUGCUCCCAAGCAUGGGGUCAAGAUCUGCAUCACCGACCGAGCUGAUUUUUACCACCAAAUAGGAGUCUCCGAUGAACGAAGCCAAACGAACUGCGUAUGGCCAGCCUUCCGCCUUGGAGAUUUCGAGGGCACAAAGGCCCGUGCUGCGCUUCUCGCAAAAGCGUUGAAGAAACCUCGCAAGCUUGAUCGAGCUGUCUUCGGAGAUGCGCUGAAUGGUGUCCCAAAUGAGUUUCCCAGGAAGAUCGAUGCAGAUACGCUUGUGUUUGGAGCUUUCGGAGCAAUCCUGCAGGGUCAGCUCAAGACUCAAGGUGAUGCCAGCUUCCCUAGGAGCAAGGCCCAUGAAGCCUUCCGUAGAGCUAAGGACGCAUAUGCUUCAGAGAACUUGAAGGGCUCAGACUUGAAGGAUAUCAUAGAGCAAACCAAGGCCACUGUCAUUGGGGCUGAAAUUGAUUCCAGAGCCGAGCUUGCCAGUAAAGGCCUUGUUGCUGUUGGAGCACCCUCCCAGAAGAGACUUGCCUUGUCAUGGAUGUGCCUGGAAGGAGCAUCACUUGCGUAUACCACAGCCUUAGAUGACGGAGGUUGGACUUUGCCUGGACUUGAGGCACCUCCUGACAUAGCACCCAGCCGCACACUUGCCCAGUAUUUUGACUUUAUUGAGAUUUGUGGCGGCUCUGGCGUCUUGAGCGAUGAAAUGAAUAGGAAUCGAUUGGCUUUCGCUGCUCUUUGCCUCUUGCUUGUAGCAGCAGCUACAAACACUUUUGGCCUUGGAGAACAACCUAGAAGAGGCAAGAUGGCUUGGCUUCCAGAGUGGCAAUUUCUGCUUACGUUGCGGAACAUCUUUGAGACCUACACGGCGUCAUGCUCCUUGAGUUCCCUUUUCCAAAAAGAGUUUCGCUUCCUGACUUGCAACAUGGUCCCUCAGGGCAUUUGCCGCCCAUGUACAAGAGACCACAAGCAUGUGAAGAUAGAAGCGUCUCUUGCCAAAGGAUCAGCUGUUUAUUGCCCUGGACUUGUGCAUGCCUUGGGUGAGAUGUUCGAGCGUCACCUCAGCCAUGGUCAGAAACUUGAGAAGGCGUUUGAUUUGAAAACUGAAGGGCUUGAGUCACCUUUAGUAAAUGACAUCGCAAAGAAUGCUGAGUGGGCCGUUGGCGCUGCGUGGCCAUGGUCUCCUGUGCCAAGCCAUGGUCUUUUGCCGCGGAACGCUGAAGACGUCAAGCGAGCUGAACGGACUCCGGAGGUCGUUGCCAAAACUCUAUCAGAGUAUGGCCAAGCGCUUUUUCCUGCAGGGAGGCCUUACAGUCACUACAGCGAGACCAUCAACGCCAUAGGACUGGUUGCUGCGGCAUUGACCUGGGGCUGGCCGUUGGUUGCAGGUGUCAUUGCAAUUUCCUGGUCCGCAAUAAUGCGGAUAGGUCAGACUUUGCGUACAAGGUUCCGACAGCUUUUGAGAGCCCUGAAACUGCCAGACCAAUCUACUGCUGGAGACCGUGCUCUGGACUUAGGUUCGCUUCGAGCCGGGGGCGCGACACAUCUCCUCAACCUGACAGAGGACAGUGAGCUUGUAAGAAGGAGAGGCCGAUGGUUAGCAAGCAGGACGAUGGAAAUUUACCUGCAGGAGUCUGCUGCUGUCACUUUCUUUUCGAGCCAGUUGCCAGACACCAAAGCUCGAAUCCUUCAAGCUGCUCAGAGUUUUCCAGAGGUGUCCGCCAGGGCUAGAGCUUUUCUGCGAUGGUCCAUUCCCAGUGAAUCAUGGUGGCAUCUGCUUACAGAGCGACAGACAGGUGAAAUGGGUGUGGAUGAAAAGUUCCAGUCUGGAUCACGCCAAAUGGGCCAGCCAGACAGUGUACAAGAUGCAAACCGAAGGGGAGCCAGAAAAAGAACAGUGCACUUGAAGAGCUGCAAAUAG